GUUGCCAAAGCACCUUUCGUGCCCUCGCCGAGCGCUCAGCUGGGACGUCCACCGACCCCCCUCCGGCUUCGUCGGUCGCUCUCCGGCCGCGCCGCUCCAGAAAUCCUCCGCGGGGGAAAGGCAAGGGCGACCUUGGAGGUGGCGAGCGAGCCGAGCGCAGCGCUAGGAUCGGCGGGUCUCGGAGGCUUUGGCUUUGCAACUUGGACGCAGCGAUGUCCAAGCCGCCGCCUAAGCCAGCUAAGCCAGGGCAGGUAAAAGUUUUUCGAGCCCUAUAUACAUUUGAACCCAGAACACCAGAUGAACUGUAUUUUGAAGAAGGAGACAUUAUCUACAUUUCUGAUAUGAGUGACACAAAUUGGUGGAAAGGAACCUGUAAAGGAAGAACUGGACUAAUCCCCAGCAACUAUGUGGCUGAACAAGCAGAAUCUAUUGACAAUCCAUUACACGAAGCUGCCAAGAGAGGAAACUUGAGCUGGUUGAGAGAAUGUUUGGAUAACAAAGUUGGUGUCAAUGGCUUAGAUAAAGCUGGAAGCACUGCCUUGUAUUGGGCAUCUCAUGGUGGACACAAAGACAUCGUGGAAGUGUUAUUGACACAGCCAAAGGUAGAACUAAACCAACAGAAUAAACUGGGAGACACAGCUCUGCAUGCUGCUGCAUGGAAAGGUUAUGAAGACAUUGUAGAAAUUUUGCUAGGAAAAGGUGCCAGGACAGACUUAAGAAACAAUGAGAAAAAACUGGCUUUGGACAUGGCUACCAACGCUGCCUGUGCUUCCUUGCUUAAAAAGAAACAAGGGCAAGACAUAAUGCGAACAUCAAGCAAUGCAGAAGACUAUCUUGAUGAUGAAGACUCUGACUGAAUUGCCUUAAUUUUGCCUUGAAAAUCAAUAGCUUCUUCUUUUCAUCUUUCUCAGAUCCUUUUCCUCUGCUGUGACAAAAUAUUUUUAUCACAAUGUGUGCUACUAUAAUUUAAGUAUGGGGAGACAUUCCUUCCUUAUAAAAAAAGCUCUCCCCCAUUAAGGCUAUAAAUUGCCUAAUUGCUUUUUAAAUUAUUUGUCUAGAAGAGGGCUAUGUUGAAAUAGGCUUCACCCUUUAAAUAACAGGUAUAGCAUUUAGAGAUGUCAGCCACUUGGGGUGGAUGGGAAAUAUAUCUUCAUCUUAAAAUGACAUGUUUUGGGCUAUUUUAUGGAGGAAAAACAUCUCAGGAACUUGGAUUCUCUAUAGAACAUUUUCACCAUCACUCCUUAUCCGCCCUCUUCCCUCUCCAUAUAUAUUUAUAGGUUGUCUCUCAUUAAGUUGAUCUACUUUGUGCUAGAACUUCUAAUGGCAGGUUAUAUAAAGAAAACUUGGGCCAGGGAGCUAAAAUUAAAUGACUCCUUUAAUGUUUCCCUUGAGAACUGGCUGUGAUUGCAAUUACUGUAAGUUUAUUCACAUGGCACAAAAAAAAAGUUGUUUAGCACCAGAUGAGACAGGGAGGGAAUAAUCUUGAGGGAAGAGACAGAAAGGGAAAGGAAGAUUGUUUGGUCAGCUAAAAUGCAGCCAUUUUGCCUUGAUAGUUGUUCACAGCAAUCUUUUGCAAUCUAAUACUCUCUAGGACAGGGGUGUCCAAACUUGGCAACUUUAAGACCUAUUGGAUUUCUAACUCCCAGGAUUCCUCAGCUAGCCAUGGAAUUCUGGGAGUUGAAGUCCACAGGUCUUAAUGUUGCCAAAGUUGGACACCCUUGCUUUAGGAAUCUUGUCAAUACAAUUGGAUCUAGAGGAUAAAAGGAGGCCUAAUUAUGUCUUCUACAAUGAAAGAACUGUAGGGAGAAUUUGACCCUACAGGCAAGGAAUGUAUGUUUAAACUCAAUCCCGUCCAUAAUAAUAAUUUCAAAGAUAAAAGGAGGCUGAGCCUUCUCUUUUUCUCUAAUUUGUAUGUGUGAGAUAUUUUCCCAAUGUUUCAUCUUCUUGUCCCUUACUUAACAGAAUUGCUGCCCACUCUCUCUCUCUCUCUGUGUGUGUGUGUGUGUGUGUGUGAAUGUGCUUGUGUGUGUCCAAGUCCUAAAUUUUAAGUGGAGGGAAAACUAGGUAAGAUAUGCUCUUACUUUAGGUAAGAUAAAACUAGGUAAGAUAUGCUCUUGCUUUAUGACGUUAUGAGAUAAUAAGGCAAAAAAUGUGGCAUUUGUCCAAUGAACACAUACAGAAUUCUGUUAGUUUAUCUGCACCAUUUCCACCAGCUGUCUUCUUUUUCACCUGGUCGAAGUUGUUGCUACAAACAAAUCCAGCAUCUGGAUUAUGAGAGAUGCAAUAGGCCAAUCCAUUUUUGCCCUUUAUUAUAUCUGUAGAUUACAACAUAGAGGUGGCAGUAAAUCAUUUUUCCCGAUGUGUUCCUGGCUGCAAUAAUGAGAGUUGCAUUGAAACACAUCUGAUGUAUUUAAUAUUGGGACUCAGUCUUUGUUGUGUCUGCGCCCCCCAAGCCGGGCCCCCUGCUAGAAAGUGACUCGGAAAGUGAGGGGGAAGGGCCAUCAGGACUUACCUCUGGAGCACCGGCUCCUCUGGCUCAGCUCCAGGAGCCAGAGGCAGGCCAGGUGGAGGAGAUAACGAGGCCUCCAUCCCCUGACUCUUUCCCCCCGCCCCAGGCCAUGCCUCCAGACCUGGCUGCUGGCAAUCAGGCCUGGCUGGAUCCCAGGUUUCGGAGAUACAAGAAGCGGCUACAACAAAGGAAGGGGUGUGGCAGGCCUAGAGAGUGCUGCGUCACGGAGCCACACCCCACAGAGUAUAAAAGCAGCCCUGGCUGCUCUUCUGCUCCGUGACGAGCAAAAAUUGAGCUGAACUAUUUGACUCGUGGAGAAGUGAGCUGACCUCUUUGACUCGUGGAGAAUUGAGCUGAACAUUCGGCCUGGAUUAUUGACUUCUUGGUUGCCCGGCAACCCCAAGAUAAGGGAGACUUUGGGCAGGCAGCUGCAGAUUCCCGGCCAGGACUGAUAGCAGUCGUGAACUCAAUUACUGGCUCGUUUAGCCAGCUCGCGUGGCUGAGGCUGGGAGGGGACAGAACAGUCUUCAAGUAUUUAUACUAGAAUUCAUUCACUGAGAACCAUGGUAUAAAACCUUCUGUUUGUACAGGUUGUCUACUUAAUUUGGAGAAAAUACUCUUUAUUCCGCUGUAAUUUGGAAGAUAUUUGUGGUUGUGUCUGUAAUGGGAUGAUAAUGACUCUUUUCACCAUAUGCUCUUAACUUUCCUGUGUCUUUUCACCUUUAAAGUAUUUCAUAUCAGAACUGAUAUGUUUCUGAACUCAUGUGCGAUGUAAAAAAGCCUACAAACCAAAAGUAUCUUCAGAAAAAGAUUCAGUAUGAAUAAAUAUUUUUAAUUGCUUUGAAA